AUGGCUUUGCACAUCAAAUUAGAUGCAUUUUUGAAUACAAAACCACAACCGGAAUGGUUGAAUCAGUUAAGAGUGACUAUUGCAGUAGGCAAAAAGUUUGAGCAGAAAGGUGACUACGAAAAAGCCGCAAAAUGUUAUGAAACCGUCUUAUACUACGACCCCGUAGACACUAGAACGCGCGUCAAACUCAGUAAAUGUUAUCAGAAAUUGUUACAACCCGAACAAGCGGCACAACACCAGACCCAUGCAAUGCAGAACGAUCCCGAUUUACUCCAAACCAUCGAGAACGAAGCUUGUGUAAACUUUAAAUUGGGAAACUUUGAAAGCAGUUUAAUGACUUACGGUCGAUAUUUUAUGCAAAGGAAAACGUCGUUUGAUUGUAAUCAAGGAUUACUAAAAAUCAAUGAAGUUAUGGAUAACUAUUUACCUGCUAAUGGUAUAAUGAGUUGUUUAAAAGACACAAUGUUACAAAUGAUAGAAAAUGAACAAUUCUUCGACUUAGAUACAUGUGAAAAGUUAAAUGAUCCUAAAAAGUUUAAUACAAUUCACAAAACUCACAAUGAACAAACCCAAGAAGCAUACUAUUUACGGAACAUGGUACAAAACGUGAGGUUUUAUAGAAAACAGUUGGAUGUUUUACCUAAAUAUAAUAAACAUGAUAAAUUAGUUUAUGAACAAAUCCAAAAAGUUGUUCACACAUUUGAAACAGCUAAAAAACAUUUAUACCAAAAAAAACCAUUUUAUAUGUACGCAUGUCAAAGACCAAAUCGCCAGCUUAAUGACCAGCGAAAAAUCAAAGAUAUGGUCAUAUUACAAUUUUCCAAGUACAUUAAUUCAAUAGUUGAACACUGUUUGUCUGGAAAAAUCGAAUCAGCUCGACGACAAGCCGAACUAGCUAUGGAAUAUAUGGACGAACAUCGCUAUAGACCGCUAAAGGUAGUGAACACUUUGUACGAAGUAUUCGGUUUGGCUCUGUACUUGCUGAAUCGUGAUAUACCCGAGUGGUCGAAUGAGAUGAACGACAAGAGGAUAUUAUUCAUAUUGGGUUCGAGCUUCGACAAAAAGGACGCUUACAAUCACGUCUAUCACGAGUCAUAUUUCGGUCCCAAAAAUCAAAACACAAAGAGUUAUUUGAAGAAACUUUCCAGACAGUUAAAUGGCAUCGAGUUAACCACUUACAGACUGUACCUUCAGUACGAGCGGAUUAAAUGCUACAUGCAUCUAAAUGAUUUCAAAGCCACGAGACCGUUAACGAAAAAAAUGUUCAACGACGCUUGUGCUUUGGGUAGUAUCGCGUGGCAAGUGAAUGCACUAAUGCUGACGAUGAUCUCCGAGUCUAAAUUAGGCAACGGGCUCCAAUGUAUAAAAACCAUCGAAUUUAUAAUAUCGCUUAGUAGAACUCUGGGGGAUGAAAACGUUACCGCGUUUAUGAGAAAAAUGUGGAAAUUAUUUGCCACGGACCAAGUUCAAGUGCCUGAAAUAAGUACCGAAGAUGAGCGAAAAGCAGACUUGAUAAAAAUCAUGCCAGACUCCGAGAAUAUUUUACUUAUGGACAAUUUAUUAAACCGUAUCGAUAGAUUGCCCAAGGAAUGCCGGAUGUCUCUGAUGUUAGGAGAACCACCACAAAUGAACUGCGCAGAUCAUCGGGCAUACAUUAGACAGGAACCAUUGAUAGUCAAGAAGAGGUGGAAAUAA